AUGUCAAAUUCCAAACCUGUUAGAAUCGCUAUUGUUGGGACUGGUUUGAUCGGCCCAAGGCAUGCAGAAGCCGUGCUCAAAGAUCCUGAUGCUGAACUGGCAUGCAUUGUCGAUCCUAAUCCUGUCGUAGAAGCGGUGGCAGACAGGCUGAAAUGUCCCUGGUACAGAUCGGUAGAGGAGAUGCUUGCUUCACCGGCCAAACCAGAUGCGGCAAUGGUGUGCACGCCCAACCACACACAUGUCUCAUUAUCAAAGGAGUUACUAGAGGGAGGGCUACAUGUGCUGUGUGAGAAGCCAAUAUCAGUUGAUAUUGGCAGUGGCCAAGAACUGAUAAAAUGCGCCAAAGCCCGGAAAUUAAAACUCAUGAUUGGCCACCAUCGACGCUUCAAUCGCUAUGUGGUCACCACAAAGAAACUCCUUCCCUCGCUGGGUCGAAUAAUAGCAAUCAAUGGCCUUUGGACGAUGUACAAGCCGACAGAAUAUUUCGAUCCGCCCACGGAGUGGCGCCGACUUGAUUCAGCUGGAGUGGUGUUUAUAAACCUCAUCCAUGAGAUAGAUAUCCUCCAUCACUUGUUCGGUCCGAUCGUCCGCGUUUAUGCAGAGAAGACAGUGUCUCAACGGGGUUAUCUAGCGGAUGAAGGUGCGGCUAUAACGUUGAAAUUCGCUAGUGGCAUUGUCGGAACGUUCCUACUCUCCGAUGCAGUGGUCUCUCCACAUAGCUUCGAAAGCGGAACCGGGGAGAAUCCGAUGAUACCUGAAGUUGGACAAGAUUUCUACAGAAUCUUCGGGUCAGAGGGAAGCCUGAGUGUUCCGGAUAUGACCAUGUGGAAGUAUCCAAGCUCUACAAGAAGCUGGACUGAGAAGUUAGAUCGCGAAAACUUGGAAGUUCCAGGAAUGGGGAUUCCAUUUGAGCUGCAGAUGAGCCACUUUGUAAAGGUCAUCAAGGGACAAGAAGAGCCUAGCUGCUCUGGUAUCGAUGGUUUGCGAGCCUUAGCCGUGUGUGAGGCAAUCAAGAAGGCCAUGGAGGUUAGUAAACCUGUAGAUAUC